UCGUCAAUAAAUACAAGACGAAGACGCAACACCAGAAGAAGAAGAAGAAGUUAACUGGAAACAACAAGGAUAAAGCUCCAGUGAGAAGAACCGGUGAGGAUGAAGCCGCCCCCUCGGAACAGAACCAAACGAGACUUGAGCUCUUGGGCAGAAACGCCGGAGCCCCGCAGGAAAGCGCGCUGCAUGUGGGCACCUUCUGAGCUGAAUAAGCUUCUGAAAGCCCUGAAAGCUCUCGGCCAGACCACAAGAGGCCUGCAAGAGAUUGACUAUGAUGUCCUGAAGGAACAAAUACCUACUCGGUCCGUUUCAGAGAUCAGUGCUAUGGUGGACUCUCUGAAAAACAAGAUCAUAUCAUCUGCACGUUUCCAGCUGCGUCUGAAGAACUGGGAGGAGAAGCAAUUCAGCAAGCCUAUUGAAGAGUGGACACACAUGGCCUCCAGUCUUGCUGGAAGCCUUGAGAAAGUCAUAGCUGCUGCCUUCUCUCAGAUGUUGGUUGUGUCAUCGACAGAGCCCUGCACUCUGAGGAACUCUGACCCCAGGCAGGACCUCAGGCCCACUGUUGGUUGUAGACCAGUGCCUCGCAUGCCAGUGAAAGGUGAGCGUCCUGCUACCUUCCUGCUCAUCACUCCGGCUCCAGCCAGGUCAGUGAGCAGUAGACUCCCAGCACCAUCUGUUAGAGGUCGAACCAGGAAGAUCCUUCCACGUCAGAUACAGCCAGCUGUUCCUUCCGCUGCUGCUGCCUCCACCUCCACCUCGCGAACUGGAUGUCCAGAUCCGGUCGCCCCGCUGCCCUCAGAAACGCUUCCCGCGUUCGUAUCUUCUGGUUCUCUAAAGCCUCUCGCUCCGUCUGCCUCUGGCCUCUCCCCUGUCUCAAUCUCAGCAGCUCAAUCUCCUGUUGCGAUGUGUUUGCCGGUGUCCAGUUUUUCCUCUCCCCACUCCACAGUCCCACUCUCCAGUGCAGCCGCCGAGCUGCCUGCUACAUUUGGGCAAUCAAGUAAACGUACUGCGGUAAACGGCCCAAAGACAGAUGGAGUUAAAUUUACUGUGAACUUUGAAAAGAUCUACAAGUACCUGAGUGUUGUCCAAAACCCCAGUGAGGAUUAUAAUCUAACGCCCAUGGAAAGUGCGAUAGUCUUGGACCUGCUGAUGUCUCUCCCAGAAGAGCUUCAUCAUCUGGACUGCAACAACCUGCAGAAACAUCUGGUCCAGAUGCAUCAGUGUCUCUCUGCUCCUGCCUGCUCCAUGCCUGCAAAGCAGCUGAUGUCGAAGCUGAAGAAUGCGCGGCGUGUUGAGAGGGGGCCAGCUGCAGCUGCAGCUGCAGAUCCCAGCCAGAGAUGCAGCCAGGAGGCAGAAGCUGCUGGCCCUGCCGACAGAGGAGCCACCUCUUCAGGCCAGUCCGAGGAUGCAGACAUGGCAGACUUCCUCCCACCUCUUAAUCCUUUCCUGGUUCCACUGAGCUUGUUGAUGCGAAAACAGAGUUCUGAAUAAAACACUGUGAACCGUUCUAUCCUUUCUCAAAGUUUAAGUGGGUGUAGGAAAAUUAAGGCUGUGAUUUUUAUUUAAUGUCGCAUUAAAUACCGAUACAAUGAGAAGGUUGGCUUUUUAUGUGUUUACUGUUGUUGGUUUGAAGAAAUCUUUUUCAAACUGGUUAUUUAUUGUAUUUCUUUUUUAAUUGUUGCCACAGCAGCUCAGUUAUGACCAUGAGUGAUACUGCAUUGUCACAGUAUCGCUCCGAUAUUGUAUUUCACACAAAUUUUGAAUAAAUUUUAAUUGUAUCCAGGUUGUUCAUAUCCAAACUAUUUACAGAAGUAUGUUAAUUUAAUUCAGACAGGAUUAUAUUCAAAAUCAAGUCCUUUUAAGAAAACCCAGAUGGUGGCUUUGAGUCUGACUUUUUCUGUUACUAUUCCUAAACAAACUGGUCAGCAGUGGACUGAGUUUUGUGAAAUGUUUUCGCUGAAAUGUUUUCUAGUUUACGCUGAUUUGACCAACUUGCUCUUCCUGUUCAUGAUGAAGGCGUGAUAUCAAAACUUUAACAACAUUUGACGUCCUUAAACGUCACAGAACAUUGUCACAAUUUUUGUGACAAGCUGCGUCGACGACCACAAUAAAAGACUAAUCAGUCA